AUGCCACCAGUAUCUGCAUCAAAGGCCAAGAGAGAUGCUAAGAAAGCUGAAAGAGAUGCUAAGAAAGCCGCUGCCGGUAAAACCAUCAGAAAGCUAGGUAGAAAGAAGGAGGCCACUGCUGAAGAAUCAGAAGUUGAUGCCGCCGCUAGAGAAAUCAAGAUGAUGAAGUUGCAGCAAGAUAAGGAUGGUCUUUCAGAUCGUGUUGUCACUGGUGUUUUGAGUUCAUUGGAAACAUCCCGUGAUAUUAAACUCUCUUCUGUUUCUUUACUGUUCCACGGUAAAGUUCUGAUCCAGGAUUCUGGUUUAGAAUUAAACUACGGCCGUAGAUAUGGUCUUCUGGGAGAAAAUGGUUGUGGUAAGUCCACGUUCUUGAAGGCUCUUGCUACUAGAGAAUAUCCUAUUCCUGAGCAUAUUGAUAUUUAUUUAUUGGAUGAACCUGCAGAACCAAGUGAAUUGUCUGCGUUGGAUUACGUUGUCACUGAAGCUCAAAACGAAUUGAAAAGAAUAGAAGAUUUGGUCGAAAAGACUAUCUUGGAGGAUGGCCCUGAAUCCGAGUUGUUGGAACCUUUAUAUGAAAGAAUGGAUUCUUUAGAUCCAGACACUUUUGAAUCUAGAGCUGCCAUCAUUUUGAUCGGUCUGGGUUUCAACAAGAAGACUAUUUUGAAGAAAACAAAAGAUAUGUCCGGUGGAUGGAAAAUGCGUGUUGCUUUGGCAAAAGCUCUUUUUGUUAAGCCAACUCUAUUAUUGUUGGAUGACCCUACUGCACAUCUGGAUUUGGAGGCCUGUGUUUGGCUAGAAGAAUACUUAAAGAGAUUUGACAGAACUUUAGUUUUGGUGUCUCACUCUCAAGAUUUCUUGAACGGUGUCUGUACCAACAUGAUUGACAUGAGAGCUCAAAAACUAACCGCUUACGGUGGUAAUUAUGAUUCUUAUCACAAGACAAGAUCCGAAUUGGAAACCAAUCAAAUGAAACAAUACAAUAAACAACAAGAAGAAAUUCAACAUAUUAAAAAAUUCAUUGCAUCUGCUGGUACUUAUGCUAACUUGGUGAAACAAGCUAAAUCUAGACAAAAAAUUUUGGACAAGAUGGAAGCAGAUGGUUUAGUACAACCUGUUGUUCCUGACAAGGUUUUCUCAUUUAGAUUCCCACAAGUGGAAAGAUUGCCACCACCAGUUUUAGCAUUCGAUGACAUUUCAUUUCAUUAUGAGAGCAACCCAUCUGAAAACUUGUACGAACAUUUGAACUUUGGUGUCGAUAUGGACUCGCGUAUUGCCCUAGUCGGACCAAACGGUGUUGGUAAAUCCACAUUGUUGAAGAUCAUGACCGGUGAGCUUACCCCACAAUCUGGUCGUGUGUCUAGACAUACUCAUGUCAAGUUGGGUGUCUACUCGCAACACUCCCAGGAUCAACUAGACUUGACAAAAUCUGCUCUGGAAUUUGUUCGUGACAAGUACUCCAAUAUCUCACAAGAUUUCCAAUUCUGGAGAGGUCAACUAGGUCGCUACGGACUAACCGGGGAAGGUCAAACCGUUCAAAUGGCUACUUUAUCGGAAGGUCAACGUUCUCGUGUUGUUUUUGCUCUAUUGGCUCUGGAACAACCAAAUGUUCUACUAUUGGAUGAACCUACCAAUGGUUUGGAUAUUCCAACCAUCGACUCCUUAGCCGAUGCCAUAAAUGAAUUCAACGGUGGUGUAGUUGUCGUUUCGCAUGAUUUCAGAUUAUUAGACAAGAUUGCCCAAGAUAUUUUCGUCGUGGAAAACAAGACCGCUACCAGAUGGGACGGAUCUAUUCUGCAAUAUAAGAACAAAUUGGCCAAGAACGUUGUUUUGUAA